CAGAGGGGAUCCGCGGCCUUCGGCAUCAGCCGCCCGCUCCUGCCGCUCCCCCUCCUUUCACCCGCUCCCCCCCUUCUGAUUGUCCGUCCCACCCUAUCAUUUUCUCAUCUUGCUGGCUCCUCUCGUCGUUAAAGGUGGACAAGAAACACGAAGCGCCGCCGCCGAGCUCCAAUCUGCCCUAGAUCUGAAGCACAGCUGGCUGCUGGUCGAUUGGCGAGCUGUACAGAGAGCGAAAGGCGGAGAUGUGAUAUACUGCUGCUGGAGAAAAAGCAUGCGGGUCUGUUGAACUCUCUCAGGGCUGAUUGGCAUCUGUAAGAACAAUGGCAUUUGCUGUAAGUUCUACAUCCAAAACCAUAGACAUGGAUAAGAUGGUCAAUUCCAUGUCAAGAGAAGUAAAUUCCUUCUGGUCAAUGCAAGAUCCACCUGACGCUGGUACCAAAACAAGUCCUAUCUAUAGAGUACCACAACACAUUCGUGAGAUUGAUCGUAUUGCCUAUGAACCAAUUGUUGCAUCUUUUGGCCCUUAUAACCAUGGAUCUCAACACCUUCAAGCCAUGGAGAAGAGCAAAUGGGAGCAUUUAGACAGGGUAUUGAAAAUAAACUGUGAAAGAACUUUGAAUGAACACAUAAAAGCAAUUGCUGGAGUGGAGAAACAAGCUAGGAAAUGUUACUCUGAGGUAAUAGAAAUGGAGAGGAAGCGGUUUGUACAGAUGCUUUUGCUGGAUGCAUGCUUUCUACUGAUGAAUAUUGACGAAAAUGCUGGCACCAGAGUAUCAAAUUCAAGAAUUUUGGAGCAAAGCUCCAACCAAAAGGCAGUAGAGGGAGGAAAUAUCAUAGGAGAAGCAGUCACAAAUUUAAAAGAGCCAGCCUGCGGAGUUGGAUGCAGUACAAAUAGGGACCAUGGAUAUGCCAUGGAGCUGGAAAUGAGCAUGUUGGAAGCGAAUCAAGAAGGGAGAAACAUUGGAGUGGAGGAUGUGAACCACAGGGCAAACAUGGAGAACAUUGACCCCUUUGAAAGUUGGUUGACUAGCUCUGCAUGGCAUGGCGUGUUAUUGUUAGAGAACCAAAUACCCUUUUUCGUUGUCGAGUGCGUGUACGGACUGGUUGCAGGUCAAGGUACAGUUGAAUCGCUUCGAAGCAAAACUGCUGAAUUUGUAGAGGACAUCAUUGGUCAUUAUCCAAAAGCUAUACAAGAAUUCAACAGGCCCAAACAUUUCCAUCAUUUGCUCCAUUUGUGUCACAUGUACUUCAGACCUAGUGAGAAAAUGGACGAAGUGCACCAGUAUCGUGUCCCCAUGAAAGGGUUUUUUCAUCGUCUUUUACAUCUUGGACACAAAUGCAUUCCAGCUUGCCAUACCCCUUUUGAUGUUGAGAAAAACUUAGAGCAGAUGGAUUGCUUUCAAGCUGGAAAACUUUGGAGUCCCUGGCGUCGAGCAGUAGAAUACCAUCGAGCAGGAGUUCAGUUUAAGAGAAGGAAGUGGGAUGGACAAAGUAGACAUUCUCUCCUCGAUAUAAGGUUCAUGAACGGGGUUAUAGAAGUACCUUGUGUGCCUAUUGACGAAACUACUGAGCCCCUUUUCAAGAACCUGAUAGCACUUGAGCAAACAGAGCCCAAGUUUGGCAAUGAUUUCAGUGCUUACGUCACGUUCAUGUCCCAGGUUAUAGCUACAACUGAUGAUGCCACAAUGUUUGUAAAGAGCGGCAUCAUCGUGCAUAUGAUGGAUAGUGAUGAAGAGGUGUCGGCUCUCUUCACUAGAAUCACUAAACAAGUCGUGUUCAGAUUUGAUGACAGGUACUACUUAAAGUAUCUGUGUCAGAUCCUGGAGGUUCAUUACCAGAGUCGCAUAAAUAGGUGGAUAGCUUGGUUGUGGCUCAAUCACUUUGUAAACCCUUGGUUGGGCUUGGCCACGGUUGCUGCUGCAGUGGUGCUGGUCUGCACCAUCGUCCAUACCAUAUAUACCGUAUUGGCCUAUGUGAAACCUCCUGAUGCAUGAGAUUCUCUUCAGAAUACACUAAGAUGACCUCAAGUGUUCCCGGGUGCACGGCGGCCAACUGCCAGACAGCUGCAUGGCGCCACCGCCGCCUCCACCGGACACCGCAAAAUAUUAGGAAUUGCAUUUACUGAGAUCUCAAGCUCCCAGCGUAUUUGAUGGCCUGAAUUAUGUGAGUUGGGAAGUGGAUACAUAUGGCCUGUGGUCAUUGUACUGCUAUAAAGCUUUUGCAUGUUCUUUCAACCAAAUUGAUAUAAAGCAUGAUAUAUUAGGUGGAAUUUAGACCUAUCUCUAGCAUAAGGUCCCGUGCAAGAUAUUCCAUUAUGACUGCCAAACACUUGCCGGGCUGACAACUCACAAUUAUGGAGUGCGGCCCAUUUUCUCCAGUAUGCUGGUGAGGUGGCCUAUUGCCCCCCUCUACAAGAUAUUACUACCUUCUUGGGAGAGUGCCAAACUCCCAUCAGAUUGGUGUUUGUGUAUAUAGCGGGCGCUAAGUUCAUUUCAUCUGGACACUCAACCAUUUCCCCUGUGAAAGCAAAACAUGGCAUCCACAGUGUUCCUGACCUUGGCCAUUGUUCUUGUUAUCUCCCACGGCCAUGUACUUCCCCUGAUGGGCCAGGAGACACCAACAGAUCUGAAGAACGCUGGAGCACUUGAUGCCACCUUUCUCACUGUGGCUGGGAAUGGUGCAGCUGCAGCCUCUGGCUUCACUGAGGAUAAGGGAUGGUUCUUUCAGCGUCCGCUAGCAAGGCCGACACCUCUUCCUCCUUCCUUAAAGCUGUGAAGUGACAUGCAGUCUGCUGCAAAUUAUCCUGCUAGAGUUUGUAUGUGCUCAUUGAAAUAAAGCAGAGUACGCAAGGCGAAUAAGUAGACCGCUACUGUCUACAAAUGGUUGUGUUCCCCGCUAUGAUAUCGUUAUAUGAUGUUUUCUGCCUGUACACGCGGAUGUGCAUGGGCAAAACA